ACAGUGAUUGCAAGCGCUCAGUGAUUCGGGGACGCUUUCGACACAGCGUUGCACGUUGGAGUGAAAGAAGUGUAUUUUGUCGCCACAUGCAAAGAAAGGAGGAGGGAGGAGAGAGUCGAAUGCGAGGGCUGCGCCGCGUUGCAUCAAAACAAACCGAGAACAGAGCGCACGUUUUUCGCAGAAGGACAGAAGGAAACGGAAGGAAUACUACAGCCGAAGCGCUCGGAGGUCACUUCAGCAGUGCCGCAGGUGUGUGAGCGAGCCAGUUGGAAGCAGGCUAGGAUUGCAGGGAGCCAAUCAGGAGAGAGAUGGCGGCGCGGUGCUGGGGGCUGGCAGGGGCUGAGCCAGUAUUGCUGCUGUUGCUGUUGUGGAGGGACGUGUGCACAAUGGAAGUUCCUCUGGACCUGAGACAGCCGCCCACCAUCACCAAGCAGUCGAUGAAGGACCACAUCGUGGACCCCAGACAUGGCAUCUUCAUCGAGUGUGAGGGCAAGGGAAACCCCGCGCCAGUUUUCUCAUGGCGACGGAAUGGGAAAUUCUACAAUGUUCCGCGGGAUUCCUGGGUUUCAAUGAGGCGGUGGUCGGGCACUCUGGACAUGGGUUUCGGCUACGGGCGGCGCCCAGAGGAAUAUGAGGGCGAGUACCAGUGUUUUGCCACGAACGACUACGGGUCCGCCAUGUCCAACAAGAUCCGGCUCCGAGUUUCCAGGUCUCCUCAGUGGCCCAAGGAGGUUCUGGAGCCGGUGGUGGUGAAUGUGGGGUUCCCGCUGGUCCUGGCCUGUAACCCCCCUCCUGCCCUGCCCCCACCCCAGACCUUCUGGCUGAACAGCUCCAUGAUGCCCAUCCCCCAGGACCGCAGAGUGUCCAUGGGGGUAAAUGGAGACCUGUACUUCUCUCACGUCACUGUGAACGACUCCCUGACGGACUACAGCUGCAACGCCCGUUUUCUGGCUACUCAGACCAUCCAGCAGAAGAACCCGUACACCCUCAAAGUGCUGACCACUCGCAUGGUGGCCGAAACAGUACCCUCAUUCCUCACCCCCAUCGGAACGUCCAGCACCAAGCUGGUCCUACGAGGGGAAGAGCUGGUCGUAGAGUGCAUCGCAGCAGGAUUCCCUACCCCUAUUAUCAGGUGGUUUAAGCAGGGCGGAGCCUUGCCCAUGAGGAAGGUGAAGCUGGAGAACUUCAACAAGACCAUGCGUAUCGCCCGAGCCUCCGAUGACGAUACAGGUGACUACACCUGCACCGCCAGCAACAGGAUGGGCACUGUGCGACAUGUCAUCAACGUCCAGGUCAAAGUGGCUCCCUAUUGGAUUGAAAAACCGGCCAAUCUGAUUGUCGCUCCAGAUGAAAACGGCCGUCUGGUCUGCCGGGCCAAUGGAAACCCCAAGCCCACCAUCCAGUGGCUGGUCAAUGGGGAGCCUAUUGAGAUUGCCCGGCCAAACCCCAGCAGACAGGUGGCGGGUGACACCCUCAUAUUCCGCUCGGUACAGGUGGGGAGCAGUGCGGUGUACCAGUGCAACGCGUCGAACGAGCACGGCUACGUACUGGCCAAUGCCUUCGUCAGCAUUGUGGAUGCUGCUCCACGCAUGCUGGGUCCCAGGAACCAGGUGGUGAAGGUGUUGGAGAACAAUCGCACCUUCCUGGAAUGCCCUUUCUUCGGCUCACCCCGGCCGGAGCUGCGCUGGUUUAAGGAUGGACACAGCAGUCCCCUGAGUGGCUCUCAGUACAGAGUAUACCCUAACGGUACCCUGGAGAUCCGCCGUGUACGAAUCGACGACCAGGGUCCGUACACGUGCAUGGCCACCAGCAUGAUGGGCAAGGCCGAAAACCAUGUCCGCCUGGAGGUCAAAGAGCACACCCGGAUCACGAGCCCUCCGCAGAACUUGAUAGCGACCCGAGGAAGCCUGGCCCGCUUCGACUGCAGGGUCAAGUAUGACAUCACCCUCCCCCUCACCGUCAUCUGGCUGAAGGACUACAAACCCGUGCCUCUGGGCUGGAGGCUGAGGAAGGAGGAUGAUUACCUGGUAAUCCCAGGGGUGAACAGGGAAGAUGAGGGCAGAUACACCUGCAUCGUCAAGACUGAGCUGGACGAAGUGUCUGCCUCUGCCCGCCUCACCGUCAUAGACCGGCCGGACCCGCCCACAGACCUGGAGCUGUCUGACCCCUCAGAACGCAGCGUGAGGCUCACCUGGGUCCCGGGAGACGACAACCACAGCCCCAUCCUGGAAUACCUUGUGCAGUUUGAGGAGGAUCGCUGGGCAGGAGGCAGGUGGCAGAACCUGUCCAGUUACCCCGGUAACCUCAACUCAGUCAUCCUGCAGCUCUCGCCCUUCAUCAACUACCAGUUCCGAGUCAUCGGCAUUAACGCGAUUGGCUGGAGCCGCCCGAGCCUCCCCUCCCAGCGCUACAAGACCAGCGGGGCCCCACCUGAUGCCAUACCAGGGAACAUUCGAGGAAUAGGCCACAGGAAGACCAACAUGGAGAUCAGCUGGAAGCCCCUGAAGGACAGAGAGCGGAACGGGCCACACCUGCGGUACGUGGUGUGGUGGCGCCGGCGGGACUCUCGGGAGGAGUGGAAGAACGUCACCACCUACUGGCUGAGACACAUCAUCUAUGACACCGACACCUUCACGCCCUACGAGAUCAAAGUCCAGGCCAUGAAUGACUUUGGGCUGGGCCCAGAGUCCCCCAUCGCCAUAGGAUACUCAGGGGAGGACCGGCCCCAGGCAGCUCCCACCAACCUGCGGGUGUCAAAGGUCGAGAGCACCAAGGCAACCGUGCACUGGAACCCUGUGGCUCGGCCCACCAUCAUGGGCGAGCUGAAGGAGUACAAGGCGUACUACUGGCGGGACAGCAGCGUGCUGAAGUGGCUGAGCGUUCGCAGGGACAGGAAGAAUAAAGGCUUCUACACCAUCAGCCCGCGGCCCUACGGUGUGCUGACGGGGCUCAUGCCUUACAGCAACUAUAAGAUGUACAUGGUGGUGGCCAACAACCGCUACGAGGGCCCGCCCAGCAGCACCAUAGAGUUCCAGACCAAGGAGGGAGUUCCGGGGCCUCCAAAGUUCCUCAGGGUCCAGCAGAGACACCUGGACACACUGUACCUGGAGUGGGACAGGCCAGCAGAACCCAACGGCAUCCUGACUGGCUACACACUCAAAUACCAGGCAGUGAACGGCAGCCGCGGGGCUGGCCGCAUGCAGGUCCUGUCCUUCCCGGUGAACGUCACCAGUUACUCAAUGCGCCGGCUGGACCGCUACACCCGCUACAAGUUCACGCUGGCGGCGCGGACUCAGCUUGGGGCGGGGGAGGAGCUCUCAGAGGAGUCGCCUCAUUACACCACUGAAGCCUACUCCAGGGAGCAGGUGGACAUCGCCACCCAGGGCUGGUUCAUUGGGGUGAUGUGCGCUGUCGCCCUGCUGGUGCUCAUCUUGCUCAUCGUCUGCUUCAUCAAGAGGAGCCGAGGAGGAAAGUACCCUGUAAGGGAAAAGAAAGACACGCCUUUGGACGGAUCUGAUGAGAAAGACCAGGAUGGGUCUUUUGAUUACCGGUCUCUUGAAAGGAUAAACCGUGUCUCCACUCUCCCUUACCCUAAACGAGAGGAGGAGAACCGGCAGCUGCGUGGGAGCCAGGCGUCUCUGGACGGCAUGGUGAAGAUGCCGGAGAGUGACGACAGCCUGGUGGACUAUGGCGAGGGCGGGGACGGCGAUGGCCAGUUCAACGAGGACGGCUCCUUCAUCGGCCAGUAUGCUAGCAAGAAGGACCGGGAGGAGACAGACUGCAACGAGAGCUCAGAGCCCACCUCCCCCAUCAACGCCAUCUACUCGCUGGCAUAG